CUUUAAAUUAGCAAUCACAUCCUCAACAGCAUUUCUUGCUCGCAAUAUAGUUUUUUAAAUAUGUGUUUUCUUUCCAAGUUAGAAAAAGAUUGAACGGCACCAGAAUAAUGAAUUUGCACACCAAUCUGAUUAGUACUAAACUUCCCAUGAAUAUACUUGAUCAUCAAGUUGCUUAUCCAAAGGACUUGUUAUAUUUAAAAAACUUUAAGUUGUUAGUGAUAUCUCUAACGUAAAUCAGUAAUUUUCAGUUGAACAUAAUUUAAAUGUUUACUAUUUUCUGGAAUUUUAUGUUUUUGAACGACAAUCAUCAUGCCAGAAUCGCCAAUGCGUGAACUGUCAACAGCGUCAAUCUGUUUCCUCCCGCCCGCACUGCACAUUGCUUUACGAGUUUGCGCGUAACAAAUGUUAUGUUGUAAACAAUUAAAUUUAAGCUAAAAUGUCUUAAUUAUACUGUUAGGUUUAUUUAUUCAUCAAUAUGAGUGACGAUACUGUGAUAAUAGAUGAUGAUGAUGACGAUACGAUGCAGAUCAGCAGUAUAUCCCCGAUAGUGGCUCAAACAAUUGAAACAAUUGAUUUAGAUGAAUCAGGAACUGAUGAUGAGGUUUUAGCAAUUACAGACAUAAGCGAAGCAAUAAAUUUGUCAAAAAAACUUGAUGGAGACAUCCUUAUGGACCAAAUCGUCCAUUUCUGCUUAAGCAUGGAGAAUGUUGUUGGAAUGUCGAGAGUUAUAAAAAAGACACUGAUACCUCUAUACCAAGAUACUAGUACAGAACUCAAAAAUUCCCCAUCACUUAGAAAACUGUUGAGAAAAACAUUAAAACAGCUCAAAAUGGAUCCUGAUCAUAAAUUCUUACAUAUAAAGACUCUUUGUGAAAGCUUGAAGUCUGGUCGUGUUAAACGGAAAGUACCUUUUGUUACAUUGGCCAAAAAUUUAAAAAAUAAGGACUCUAGCAAAACUGACAAUAUUGAGAGGACUUGUAUAUCUAACACUUUCCAUAUAGAAAAUGCACGUGAAGUUAAUAUCAACAUAAAUGCAUAUGAUGAAAGAUUGAGCAGUAAAGAAAUAGAUACUCCAAGACAUAGGAACUCAAGAACAUCUCUUAGAACUAAAAAUCGCAAGACUAGAUGUAAACAAACAUAUGGAAAUAUUAUGAGUACAAAAAGUUUGCAAUCCACUGAAAAUAUUGAAGUCAUAGAUUUGGAUAAUUCUGAUACUGAAAAUACUAAUUCAAUUGAUCAUGAAACAUCACAUAACGCUGAUGCAGAUAAUAAUAAUAAAGAAAAUAAAACACAAGAAAUUAGAACAAAUUGUAGUGCGAAUAACUUGGAAGAUAACAAUAAAAAAAUAGUUACGGGUGUAAGAGACUAUGAUUUGCUUAUACCUAGUACUUAUUUAGAGGUCACUAGAGAAAAGGAUAACAGUGUUGAGAUACAGGAGUUAGAGGAAGAAAUUGUGAAAUAUAAAAGUAAGAUUGCUCAACUGGAAGAGGCUGAAGUUUUUGACGAUACUAAGAAUUCACCAUAUAUUUUAUGUGAUCUUUACAAAAGUAAACUAAUACACACCUAUAAGAGAAUAGCAAAGCUGAAAGGCUGCCGUACAGACAUCGCCAAGCGUCGGGAAAUACGCAUUAACGCCAAAGAGGGCAGGAUCGCUGGCCCAGCCAAGUUACUGGAGGACCGCUUAAACGAAUCGAUAGACAAAGAAGGAAGAGUCGCCUUUCCAGACUUCUUUGAGGUCCAGAAAUGCGUUGCAAAAUAUAAUAAAGAAAGUAAAUCCUGUUGGAAUCGAUACGAAAUUUUUAAACGAGCGACAGCACUGUUCCGUCACUGCGGGGAGGCGCUGCGCAAGAACCGGCAGAAACGUGAGUACCAGGACAUGCUGGGCUGGCUGCCGCGCGAAGUGCAGCUGGAAGACCCUGCGGAGAGGGAUCCGCAGCUGCUAGCCACGCUCGAGGAGAACAAACUCGUCGCUCAAGUUAAAGAACAAGAAAUUCUAGAAAAAUACGUACACAUGGAAAACACGCUCAAAGCUGGUUUCGCAGGUAACCCUUUGGACUUUGAGCUUCAGCAGUCUUCUAGUGAUACAGAAAUAGAAAGUGAUAAUGACGACGACCACGACCAAAGUAGUUUCAAUAUUGGAGGAAAACCAGAUUUUCAAGCAAUAUUUUCAUCAAGUCUUUUUAACACUGAAAAUAAUGCCUCUUGUUUAACCGACGAGGCCUUACCUACUAUUAGUGCGUCAGCUGACCAGAAAAGUGAUAAUGCAUCAAAUUCUAAUUCAACCUUAAAUCCCGUUUUGAGUUCAGUUAGCCCUAGCGAAGGUGCGGAAAAUUCAGACGAAAAUACAAUAGUUACAAAGUGCGGUAUUAAAACAGAGAAAUAUGUUUCUAGGAUAGAAUUUCCCGAUACAGAUGAUUCUGAAACUAAUGUUAAAUCUGAAGAUGAAAUCAAAAUUAAAGAGGAACCUGUCGAUGUUCAAAAUAUGUUGGAUGAAUUAGGUGAUAACUAUGUUUCAACCGUGUUUGACAUUGAUGAUCCGUUCUUAGUAAUACAGUUAUCUUCUGAAUCUUCAGAUGAUGAAACGUGAUGCUAACAGCCUAAUGAAAUGUUGUCGUAAAUAGUAGGCAACUGAUACAGGUUUUUAAGACAAUUAUUUGUUAAGCAUAACUUACUAUAAUUUGCAUUGCGUUUAAUAAUAUUAAGCGCUUUUUUAAGAGUCGUAAGUAGAUAUCUACACAUCACAUCUACAUAAUAUAUCUUGAUAGUUUUAUCUUUUAAGCUGUAAGUCUUCCACAGUAUAAUAAAUAAAUAAAUAAAUAGUAACUAUAGUGAAAAUGAUGUAACGGUUAACUGACGCGUAAGUAUUUAUCGGGGGGUAGCCCGACUAGUUUCGGAUGUAACCGAAAAUCUACAUAUCAAACUUUUUAUAUUAACGGCUGAUUUUUCAGUUUCAGUUGUGUAUUAUAUCAAUUUACAUAACUAUAUUUUUAUAUUUUAGUGAAAUCUACUCUGUAGUAACAAACGAAAAAAAAAUGAAAUGUUGGCCCAAGUCCACAAGUAUGUAUAUUAGAAUAAAAAAUUAUUUUAGUCUUUUUCCUUCGUUUAUUUAACCCAUUCAGUGCCGAGCCCGCCCAUCGGCGGGCAAAUUUUUUUAACUUUCACGCCGAGACCGCCCAUGGGCGGUUUGAUUUUAAACUGCAAUAACUUUACGAAAUAACGUCAGAAAGUAAUGAGAUAAUGUGUAAUGAUUUGUUUUAUUAAUAUUGAUUUGCAACUCAAAUGGCCUGCUGAUAUUUGAAGUUUUGAAAAAA